AUUCUCCCCCAACGAAAUUGUUUUAUCUUAUCAUGUCUUAAUCAUAAAUUCGUCACUAGCGAAAAAAGUUCAUAUGAUAUCGAUGUGACCGCGGACUGUAAUGUCCCCAAUGGAACCUUGUACUUAUAAGACCUAGUUUGGAUUAUCUAGGACGCGUCGCAUUGCAUCCUUGUUUGCGAGCUCUCACGUCUACAAAUAUGACAGACAGCAGGAUUUCGAAAGUGAAAUCUCUUAUUAAAGGCCAUCCCGAUUUUCCAAAGCCAGGAAUUUUAUUUCAGGACAUUUUUCCAGUUUUGAGAAAUCCUGAUGUAUUCAAAGAUCUUAUGGAUGCGUUGUUUGAACACAUAAAGGAAAAAGCCCCUGGUGUACAGAUAAUAAUCGGCUUGGAAGCGAGAGGAUUUCUGUUCGGACCCAUUCUCGCUCAAAGACUAAACUGCAGCUUUGUUCCCGUGCGGAAGAAAGGAAAAUUGCCAGGGGAGACAGAAACUGUGGAAUAUUCACUGGAAUAUGGAACGGACGUUUUCGAGGUUCAGAGGGAAGCCUUUAAGCCUGGACAAUCUGUCGUCAUUAUUGAUGAUCUUCUCGCCACAGGGGGAACGAUGAAGGCAGCCUGCGAUCUGAUGGAGAAAGUCGGUGCCAAUGUAAUACACUGUCUGACAGUUAUAGAACUCGCAGAUUUAAAAGGACGGGAUAAAUUGUCCAAGCCAUUCUCAUCUCUUAUUACAUACUAGCAGCAACUGUUUAACGUGUCAGAAUCGAAAACAUGACAUUUCUGUAUUCUUUCCUUAUAUUAUUGGGCAGGGAUUUUUAGAUACUGGUAUAGAUCUACAUGUUUUAUACCAACAAAGCAUACAGUAGUGCCUUUGUGGUUUAAAAAGAUAAUACUAUAUAUGUACAUGUAUUUCAGAUAAAAGUUCCCAACUUAGAACAAGUCAAUCUGACUAAUGUACAGACCUAUAUUAUUAUAUAUAUAUAAUAAUAUAGGUCUGUACUUUAGUCAGAUUGAGAACAAGUCAUUUUAAAACUAUCAUCGUCAUAUGCACAAUCAUGUUAUUAAAAAUGUAUUCAAUAUACAUGCAAGAAAUGAGACAUUUUCCCCCCUUUUUAAACAAAUUGUUACGAUAGCUAUUUCCUCAUGAAUGCAUUGCUGUUGUAAACAAUGAGUAUAUAAUAGUAAAUAUGGGUAAAUAUACAUA